AACACCACCAGAUGGCACAAGCCUCCUUCAAAGUUGAAACAUUUAGUUCACGAAGAAAACUUGCAGGGCAUUAUUUGACUUGGCAGUGAGCGCCGGAUAUUCCCAAAGGAAGUGUUGGAAGGCAAACACCACUGCUGAAAACGCCAUGACUCUUAGCGGCGUAGCGCUCAUUGCUGGUGGAGGGAGCGGAAUCGGACAGGAAACGGCUUUUGCAUUCGCCGAAGCUGGGUGCAAGGCCGUCGCUAUCGCAGACAUCAACGAGGAAGGCGCCCGAAACACAUCCGAGGAGAGCAAAACAUAUGCUACCAACCCCGCCUACCACAGCUUUAGCAUCAAGGUGGAUGUAGCAGAUGAGGCCAGCGUGCAAAACAUGGUCGACACAGCUGUAAAUGGACUUGGAGGUCGGAUCGACUAUUUCGUGAACUGUGUGGGCAUCAUAAGUAGGUCCGGCUUCCCAGUAUCGGACCUGAAUAUGGAGCACCUCGACCGCGUGAUCCGGGUCAAUCUCUAUGGUACCAUCUACUGUAUGAAGGUAGUCUCUAAAGCUAUGCAAUCCCAGGAGCCCCUUGAGUUCGCGCCCGAGACCCGGCGUGCAAUUCGCCAUCCAGAGAAAGUCCUCGGCCGCGGCUCGAUAGUCAACCUCGCAUCGGUCAAUUCCAUCAUGGCUAAUCCUGGGAACCUGGCGUAUGUGACAGCCAAACAUGGUGUCCUUGGUGCUACCAAAGUGGCGGCAUUAGACCUCGCGAAGGACCUCAUCCGGGUGAAUGCUGUUCUUCCCGGUGGCACUGAUACUCCCUUGUUGGCUUCGGCUAUGGAACGGGUGUCUAAUUUCAGGCAGCGACUCGCUGAACGAAUCCCGUCUCAUCGUCUGGCAAGUGUAGAUGAGAUUGCCGAUACUAUUAUCCACAUAUGCAGUCCCGCGGCGACCUACAUGAAUGGGGCCGCAGUUGUGAUUGACGGAGGAGCGACGCUCACCACGGCGAGAUUGUAGCUCGGCAGACCCGGUAGUCCAGGUUGAACGCAUACAAAUGCAAUAGAAUGAAAAUUUCCGCAUGCCAAAAUCGGCAGUGGUUAGGUUGCC